AUGGACCCAUUUACUAUACUUACAGUUUUGGUGCCAUACAUUUUUUCAUGUUGCGGAUCCGUCAGUAAUGAAUCUAAUAGAGUCUCAUUUGGGAGUAUCGACCCUGAUAACUUACUCCUUUUGUCUUACUCGGAUAAUGAAUCUUCGAACAAGUUUGAGCCAAGCAAUUAUGUGGUAACAAAAUUCGUAAAAUUCGGGGGUUUAACAGUGUUUACGAUCACUGAGGGUUCCAAAUGUUCUGAGGUUAGAUAUGGGUCCGAUCUUAUAUGGAAACAUGACCCUGGUAAAAACGGGGAUGUUUAUCCCAGCAAAGUUGUUUUAAACUCAACUGCCAGGGUCGUGUGGAUUAUUUUCGAUCAUAUGUACUACGGUUAUUUCUAUUUUAACAACGGAUGGAAGUUGAACCUUACUAAACAUCAUGAGGUUAAUGGACAAGCGCCAGAGGAAGAAAGUACAUUCCAUCCUUUAAAUGAAAUUCUGCCGAGUAAUUUAUAUGAUGAUGAGGAUAGCGAUAUUAGUCUUGAAUCGAAUCCAAUUGAUCCUGAUCGAGAUAGAUUGACUUCAAAUAGGUCAGAUGAUUCCGAUGAUAUCUCUAAGAGACUCAAAAGCCAGAUUAAUUUGAAACGCAGUCUUGAGAAUCAAUUAGAGCAAAGGGAAUCGGAACUAGAACAAUUAGCCAGAAGAGAGAAAGAACUAAUAGUAAACCAUAUAAGGGCCAGAAACCUUGGCAUAUGGGUUGGUAGUUGGAAUAUUGGAGGAAAUGAUUUCGAUAUUGAUGAAAACUUCAUUGAAUGGACUCAGGCUAGUGACGCCAAAUAUGAGGUUUAUGUUUUCAACUUUCAGGAAUUCGUAAAAUUGAGCUUUCUGAAUGUUGCCAUAGGUUCCCGUCGUACCGACGAAAGCAAAGAAAGAGUAUUUGAACAAUAUGUUAAGGCAAUGUUAAAUGACAGCACUGGUGAAGAGUACUUCAAGGUGAAGUCCGUUUCAAUGACUGGACUAUAUCAAGUUGUUUUUGCCAAAAGGGUACUGAAGCCAUAUAUAAGGGACAUUUUGUCUUCAACUAUUAAAACGGGGGUCUACUAUAGCAUCGGCAACAAAGGUUCAGUUGGCAUCCAAUUUAGCAUAUUUGAGUACAACUUAUCUUUUUUGAACGUACACCUUAAUUUUGGUCCCAACCUAAGUCUGAGGCGAACUAUAUUGCUGGAAUAUGUUCUUAAAAACUUAUUUAAGAGUGAUAAAACCGUUAUGAACAGUGACUUUUUCAUAGUGUCAGGUGAUUUUAACUUCGGCGUUCUGCUUGAGAAGAGAACUGUUUUAAGAUUACUCAAAAAAAUGCAAUAUAAACGUCUGUUGAACUACGACGAGUUCAACAUUGCCAAAAUAAACUGCACUAAAACAAUUGGUAAACUACACGAAUCGAAGAUAUGCUUUGGGCCUACUUAUAAGUAUAGAGGUAAUAGUAGAAGCUAUACUACUAAGCGCCCUCCAGGAUGGUAUCUACUUUACCUUAUAUUUCUACUAUUUGGCAAGUGUGACCGUAUAUUCUUUGGUGGCAGGUUGCUUGAGGCCAAAAAGACCAAUAUUAUAAGUUAUAGAAGAAACGAUAAAUUAAUUGCCUCUGACCAUAGGCCCGUAUCUGCUUCCUUUAUUGUUGUAUUUGAUAAAUAA